AUGAAAUGCCUAGAUAAGGCAUCAAUCUUAUCUGAAAUGAUUAAAGGAUCGCUUUCGAUGCACUUAGUACUCUAGACGUCGUUGAUCAAAAUAAAGCAUUUUCGAGUGCGACAUUUCAAAUGAAAUUGUAACAAAAAAUGCGGGAUGAGUAUGACGAAGUUCCACUAGGUGAAGAUACAACAGACGAAAAGCAGCAAUGGAACCUCUUCAAAAACAUACCAAGAGAGACAGAAUCGGCAUCUGCUGUCGAAUCAAAGCUAUUAGAAUUCGGGAUAAAAUGUUUGAAGCUUGCAACUAUUGUUAUAACAUUUUUUGUGGUACUCAGCACGGCGGUCGUAUCAAAAGGCACGCUUCUUUUUAUGGUGUCGCAGGUGAAGCUAAAUACGUCUAGACAAUUCUGCAAUAAAGGAUUUGGAAUAGAUGACAGACAGCAGUUCUUCGUAACACUACCACCAGAAGAAACUACAGUGUGGAUAUGGACGAUAAUCUUCGCGUACUGGAUCCCUGAGAUCGGCACAUUCAUAAGAUCAUUGAGAAUAAUUUGUUUCAAGCAUUGGGAAUAUCCCAAGGCAGUUGAAGAGUUCCUGCGACUAUGCUUCGUGGAACUGUUACCUGCCAUAGGAAGCGCUAUUCUGGUCUUUGUGGUGUUUCCGGAGCUGGAUGUUAUCAAGGCCGCGAUGCUAACCAAUGCUGUGUGCUUUGUUCCUGCAGUAUUAUCACUGUUUUCGAAGAGGAAGCACAAGCUGCUGAUAGUGCUGGACAUACUUGCGAUAGUAGCACAGGCCAGCGCGGCUAUAGCUUGGCCGAUAUUGGAGAAUAAGACUGAGCUAUACUUCAUACCGAUAGCAGUAUUAUUCAUAUCGAUGGGAUGGGCUAGAAAUUACAUGCCCAAAGACUGCUCCCUUUUUUGUGGUUGGAAACAGAAAGAGCCAAAUGAAGACCAAGCCGAUGAGGAAACGCAGGAGCUUACGAUGAAGCAACCAGAUAAGAAGAAAGGGACAGAGAACGAUAUGUACUUCAUGUAUCUCUUCAUAGCUCCGUUUAAGUGUUUGGUCUUUCUUAUGGUGGCUGUGUUGGCUAUAUGGAUAAAAGAAGGAGACGCGACGUUCAUGUUCGACCUAUUUGAUGAUGCUUUUCGGAGACACACGCUCGUGAUCAAUGAGGUGAGUGGUGAUGACAAUUGAGCUUUCAUGCGUAAGGAAGUUCAGAAAGUGUUCUGUGAUUCUAUAGCCUGUAUAUAC